AUGGCCUCAGUGUCAAUCUCCUUGACUCCCGCGGAAAAGCUGUUCCGACAAUGUCUCCUCGACUGCCGCAGUGAAAUGCAGACCGUGCCGGGGAUGAAAGACCUAGUGCUACGGUUCACGGGAGGCUGGGUUCGGGACAAACUGCUGGGGGUGCAGAGUCACGACAUCGACGUGGCCUUGAGCACCAUGACGGGAUGGCAGUUCGGGCAGGCGAUGCAGACGUUCAUGAUGGACCACGGGGCUAAUUACGAGCAGGAGGCGAUCCGGCAAGGGAUCAACUGGCAAGUCAAAGACAUCCACAAGAUCGAGGCGAACCCGGAAAAGUCGAAGCACCUCGAAACCAUCACGACGCGAAUGUUCGGCAUCGACGUCGACCUUGUCAACUUGAGAAAGGAGGUUUACGACGAGACUUCGCGCAAUCCGCAAAUGGAGUUCGGAACCCCCGAGGAAGACGCACUGCGCCGCGACGCCACGGUCAAUGCUCUAUUCUACAACCUAGACACACAGCUCGUCGAGGACUUUACUGGCCGAGGCCUGGACGACAUGAAGCACAAGAUCAUCCGCACGCCCCUGGCGCCCUACCAGACCUUCAAGGACGAUCCGCUGCGAGUGCUGCGGCUGAUUCGCUUUGCCUGUCGACUCGGGUACGAGAUCGACGCCGAGGCGAGAGAGGCGAUGAAGGACAAAAGGAUCCAUGAGACACUGCGCAUCAAAAUCAGCAGAGAGCGCGUCGGCGUGGAGAUUGGCAAGAUCAUGGACGGUCCUGAUCCGUACACAGGGCUGAAGGACAUCAACGAGCUCGAUCUCUACGCCACGGUGUUUGCCGAUCCAAACGCCGCAGAUCUCACUUGCCCAGACGCCGAGAAAGCACUGCGCGCGUACGAUGGACUGCGACGAAUCUUGGAAGAGAAGGCUGCGAUCUGCCUGGCCUUGAAGCCCAAACAAGACCAGGCACUCAGCUGGUUUCUGGCCGCCUACGUUCCCUGGGUCGACUCUUCAGCUGGAGCAUACGCUGCAUCGCGCGAGGGCAUCAAGGCGACCAACACCAUGUCCAAGGUUCUGAAAGACGCGAUCGACCUGCGCCCGCAGAUUCUUCGCGCGGUGGACGCGGUGCAAAACGACCAAGCCUCGCGCUCCCAGGUCGGCAUGCUCCUGCGUCAGUGCAGGGAGGUGUGGAGGUCGCAUGUUUUGUUCUCGCUGCUCUGCGACAUUGUCGACGCCGACUUUGUCCAACCCACCGACCGCUACCAGAAGUUUGUCGGCUAUAUUCACGAACAGAAGCUAGAGGAUGCCCACCUCAUGCCUCCGCUGCUCAAGGGCAACGACAUCACCCAGGCCCUGGGAGGGCCGAAGGGCGGUCCCUGGCUCAAGAAAGCCGUCGACCUGCUGGCCGAAUGGCAGUUCAGCCACCCGGAUGCGACCAAGCAGCAAGCCAUCGACAUGAUCAUCAGCAAGAAGCCAGAGCUGGAGAUUCAAGAUCAGCACCCGCCCAGGCCUACAAAGGGCAAACAGAAAAGCCGCAAGUUGCCUUGA